AAAAUCAAACCCAAAUUUUAGGAAAACCAUUACACCAAAAUACUACUCGUAAUAAAAAGAAAAAUGGAGAAGCCAAUUUCAAACAGAACACAUAUAUCGUCCAUAACCUUACGUUUUGAUUAGUAUAGAUAGACCUCGUUGACUAGACUUUUCAAGCAUACUCUUUUUGACAUAUUCCUCUUAAACUACAAUACAACUCUAUGAUGAGCUGUAGUGCUGUACAGUCCCUUCCUAUACGCUUUGUUUCCAGUAUUCCAGCUUGACCUCAAUCACUCAAACAUCUAUAUAUAUUGCUAAUUAUCAAAAUGCAAAUUCACACAACAUAAGCACUGUCUGCAUAUACAACCUAAAAAACAAACAUGGCAGCCAGAAUUGCAUCAGUUUCACUUUUAAUCUCUCUCGUGAUUUUAGCUUCAUUUAAGUCCUCUCAGGGAUCCCAAAUAGCCAUAUACUGGGGUCAAAAUGGCAACGAGGGAAGUCUUGUGGACACUUGUAACUCCGGAAACUACGGUACUGUAAUCUUAGCUUUCCUAAGUAGCUUUGGCAACGGGGCAACCCCAGUGCUGAACUUAGCAGGACACUGUGACCCCACUACAACUUGUAGCAGCCUAAGCAGUGAGAUCAACGCAUGCAAACAGGCAGGCAUUAAGGUUCUCCUUUCUAUAGGAGGUGCGACUGAAGGCUACUCUCUAUCCUCAACCGAUGAUGCAAAUCAGCUUGCUGAUUAUCUCUGGAACAAUUUUUUAGGGGGUCAGUCCAGCUCUCGACCCCUAGGAGAUGCAGUUCUCGAUGGUAUCGAUUUUGAUAUCGAGACUGGUGACAAAAGAUUUUAUGAUGACCUAGCUAGAGCUUUGGCAGGUCAUAACAAUGGCCAGAAAACAGUUUACUUAUCAGCAGCUCCUCAAUGCCCCUUCCCAGAUGCCAGAUUGGACACUGCCAUAGCCACAGGGCUAUUCGACUUCGUGUGGGUUCAGUUCUAUAACAAUCCCAGAGCCAAUUGCCAAUAUGACGGCAGUACUGAUAAUCUCUUGAACUCAUGGAACCAGUGGACUUCUCUUCAAGCUAACCAAAUCUUCCUCGGAAUACCAGCAUCCGACCAAGCUGCCAAUAAUGGUUUUAUUCCUGCUGAUGUUCUCACAUCUCAAGUCCUUCCCACAAUCAAGGGUUCCUCUAAAUAUGGAGGAGUCAUGCUAUGGUCAAAGGCAUUUGAUAAUGGGUACAGCAAUGCUAUUAAAAGCAGUGUUUAAGUUGAACUAUCAUUGUUUCAAGUAAAUAAAAUAAGAUACCCAAUAGAUUCUCUUUUAUUUUUCAGUGUAAAAUCAUCUUAAUAUUGAUACACCAUAAGAUCUUGUAAUUCCCUAUCAUAAAUGACUUAUAGUGUUGUUAAUCUUGGGCUGUACUUCACAUGCUUCACAUUUAAAACUAUGAACGUAUGCUAAUUUUAUGAAAUAAGCUAGGUGCUUGUA